AUGGCAACUAAAGUAAUCUUGUUGGGCACUAGCCACCCACAUAUCUUCCAUCGCUUACAAUACCUCAAGGAGCACGAUGUCACGGUUCUCGGGUUCUACGAUAGUGACCUGGAGGUAUCCCAGCAAAUGCUCGAACACAUAAACUACACCAGAUACACCGAGCCCGAAAGACUUCUCGAGUUGGAUUUCGAUAUCGCCCUUAUUCACGGACGCGACCACGAAAAUCCAGACUUUAUUCGACAGGCAAUUCACCAUGGCGCAAAGGAAAUCUUCGUGGAGAAGCCAGGGGCUGCAAAACCCGAAGAGUUUCAAGGCCUUGCCGUAGAGCUGCAAGAAAAAGGCAUCGUCUUCGAGACUGGAUGGGAGCUACAUUAUCUGGAAUCCGUAUGCUUUGCGCGAAAUCUUCUCAGAGAUGGAAUUUUGGGACAUAUUACUGAAGCUCGAUUUCAUGGCGGAUGCCCAGGUGGUGCCGGUGCAGAGCCCUGGCAAUCCUCAACAAACAACAUUGGCGGAUUCUUCUACAGUCUUGGAGGACAUGUUGUCGAAGUUGUGGUUGAUCUUUUUGGCUUGCCAAAUCAAGUUGUUUCUUCCAUUCGAAAACUACCAGCUCAAAAACCACAUGUUGGAUUUUCUUGGGUUCCUGGACUUUUCGCAAGUAGGGAGCUUAAUCCACAAAAAGCUAUCGGCACACUGGUACAUGAGGAUCUGGCUUCGGCUAUACUAGAGUACGACAACAUGAAUGUUCAUCUUGACUUCACGGCUUGGGAACCAAGUGGAUACCUUCAGGACUGGACGAUGGAUCUGUAUGGUGUCGAGGGUGCUUUGCAUAUGAAUUUUGAUACGCCUGGAGGUCACCUUUUGCUAAAAGAUGCAAAGAAGGGAUGGAAGGCAGGAAGAAAUGAGAUUUUCCCUGAAAGCGAGUAUCAGAAGGGAGAUAUGCUCAAAUCAGCAUUUACUCAACAAAUGGACGUUUUCUUCCAGCGCGUUGAGAACCCAAAUGGUGACAUGGCACGAUGUGAUGAGAAGAUGACACAUAAACUCCUCGUACUGUUCGAUGCAUUGUACUCCUCGGCACGAAAUAGGUCUUGGGUCACGAUAAAGGGAGAAUCUCUACAGAGUGAAUGUUAG